AGUCCGGACCCUAAUCCGGUGUGCCGAAGCGCUAUUUUUACCGCCCGAUUGUCCCGUUGACUAAAUUUACCGCGCUGAGAAGGCAGUGGGCGGUCCAAAAUUACCCUUCGUGCUCUCUGUUCUAGCAGUUCUCGUUGCUACAACCUUCAAAUCGAGAUCUCUUUAUUCCGAGUCGAGAAAAGAAACCAGACGGAGAGACCUAUCUCUCCUUCAUUGCAGUCCUGUUACGCCUCUUACUUGGUUUGCGUGUCUUGCUACCGGCUGAGAAGCUCGCACGGAAAAGGAGAGCCUUUCUCAUUCUGUACCACCUGCAUUCCCGUGUGACGUCUACGAUGACGCCCUCGGCUUUUUACGUGACGACGAUGCUGCUGGGAAAGAAAACGAAAAAUAAAGAAAACGAGCGAGGGACGGCUGAUCGCUACGAAAACCGAAAACCCUACUCACCCACAAGCAGAACGGGGUGGGAGAUCUGUUCGACUGGACCCACCCACUGCUGUCGGUGCCCGUCUUCGUCCCGGUUAAACGGAGGGCUGACUCCGGUCCUUCCAAACGGAGGAGAAAAUACGUCCCGAAACCUGAAUGGGCGAUCAUUCGAACUGCAAGUCAGCUCUGGGCGUCGCAAUCCCUUCCGCUCAAUAUGCAGGCCUUCUCGAACUUCUGCGCUUGCCUUGCCUCUCUGCUCUGGCCCGUCCCCCCCUUCCCGUGCGAGAUAUCUUCGCAAGUGCCGACAGAUAGUAACCAUUGUUGCCGCCCCAAUCUCUUGCUUUUCGGGCCGAGCCACCCCUUGCCUCGAUAUCGCCAGCUGCGCUGGAUCGAUCCUUAGCCCCUGAUAUCCUAGGACAUCAUCAUGGGGGGGGGGGGGGGGGGGUUUAAAAGAAAAACCCCUUCGUCUAGUCGACAAUCAUUAUUCUAUUCCAGUUUGCCUGAACUACAUGGUAUUUCGUACGGUAGAUGCCCUUCGAGGGCUGAUAGCCCAUCCUCGCAUACCCUA